GGGGGAACAUUUUAGUGUUAAAACGCCACCUGCUGACUGAAUAGCGACAUUGUUCGUUGCGCGUUACCGCUAACCAGAGCGCGCACGCUCUCUCUGACGUCACUGUUUACCCAAACAAGGAAGAAGCGAGCGCGCCCCCUGUUAGUUCGCAUCAUGGAUGUAUCAUGGUGCACUGAAAUUCAGAUAUCAUUUAAACUGAACCCAUAACUUGUUGAGAAUGGUUUCCAGGGAUGUUCAUACCACAAAUUAACACCUAACCAGAUGUUAAAAGAGGAGGAGGUGGAGGCGAAGUGUCCUGAACCUGAAGAUGAGGCGUCUGUCCCGAAAGAAAGCCCUGAGUCUGGUGAAGGAGCUGGACGCCUUCCCCAAAGUAUCAGAGAGCUAUGUGGAGACCUCAGCAUCAGGAGGAACAGUGUCGCUGAUAGCUUUUAGUGCCAUGGCACUUCUGGCUAUCUUAGAGUUCUUUGUUUAUCGAGACACUUGGAUGAAAUAUGAAUAUUCAGUUGACAAGGAUUUUUCCAGUAAAUUGAGGAUAAACAUCGACAUCACAGUUGCCAUGAAAUGCCAGCAUGUUGGAGCAGAUAUUCUGGACCUGGCUGAGACCAUGAUCACAUCCAACGGCCUCCAGUAUGAGCCUGUUAUUUUUGAAUUGACUCCACAACAGAGACUGUGGCAAAGGACAUUGCUUCUCAUACAGAACAGACUGAGAGAGGAACAUGCGCUUCAAGAAGUCCUUUACAAAACUCUCCUUAAAGGAGCCCCCACUGCUCUGCCUCCACGGGAGGAUACCUCUAUGGAGCCACUUAACGCUUGCAGGAUCCACGGGCACGUCUACGUCAACAAGGUGGCAGGAAACCUUCACAUCACUGUGGGAAAGCCUAUUCACCAUCCUCAGGGCCAUGCCCAUAUUGCAGCAUUUGUGAGCCAUGAGACGUACAACUUCUCCCAUCGAAUAGACCAUUUAUCAUUUGGGGAGGAGAUACCAGGCAUCAUCAAUCCUCUGGACGGCACAGAGAAAAUCACCUAUAACAACAACCAGAUGUUCCAGUAUUUCAUCACAGUGGUGCCCACCAGACUGAACACAUACAAGAUAUCUGCUGACACACACCAGUUUUCUGUGACUGAGCGAGAGCGGGUGAUAAACCACGCAGCGGGCAGUCACGGUGUUUCCGGCAUCUUUGUGAAGUACGACACCAGCUCUCUGAUGGUGACGGUCAGCGAGCAGCAUAUGCCACUGUGGCAGUUCCUGGUGCGACUGUGUGGCAUCAUUGGGGGAAUAUUCUCCACGACAGGCAUGCUCCAUGGGCUUGUCGGCUUCUGCUUUGAUAUUGUCUGCUGUCGCUUCAAACUAGGAGUCUACAGGCCCAGAGAGGAUGUGCAGCUACACGACCAGAUGAACAAUCUGAACAAUCACCAGAUCCCUCUGUUGGCUGACAAUAUUCCUCAGGAGUGACCAUCAUUAAACAGCUGAUCCUGCCUCUGGUGUGAUUUACUGAUGAGGAGGUGACCUAACAAACUGUAUGAAGAGGAUAUCUCAUUAUUUAUUAUUGUUCCAUUUGAAAGGAAUUGUGUUUUUCUGUUGAAAAAGCUGAAACUGUCUGUUAAACACUGUGGUUGUUAACUUGAUAAAUUGUAAAACUCAUUGUUGCACUUUACAAAGAUGUGUGCCCUGUGACUGCAAUCAUACACACGUGUGUGUUUUUUUAAAAAGAUUAUUUUCAUUUUGUGAUGGUGCUUCUUUAGAAAUGUUGUAGGCUUUUUGUUCCAUUUCCUGUAACAGCAAACAAAAUACAGAUCGUCAUUGUUUCAAAGCAUUAA